GAGAAUGCGGAAGCUCAUCUGACAGGAACAUGGAUGUAUAAUACGGGUAUAAUAAGAACAGACAGGAAGGAUUUCGGGGCGUGUCAGCUAACCAGUAAAUAAUAAAAACUGAAGCUUCAAACACGAGACUUCAUGUGACGGAAAGACUCCUGAAUACUCGAAGUCCAUCAGAAAAGUGUCUGUCAACACCAUGGCAUCACCAACCCCUCUAUCCAAGGCCAACACCACCUUCGCUCUGGCUUUGCUCAAACAGCUAGGCGAUAACGACAAUGCCGCGAAUGUCUUCUACUCCCCCUUCAGCAUCUCCUCAGCCCUGGCUAUGGUGAUGCUGGGGACCAGGGGCAACACAUCCACACAGAUGUCAGAGGUGCUCUGCUUUACUGAGGCAGAUAAGUCGCAGCAUUGUGGAGGAGAGCAGAUGCAAAUGGGAAUGGAGCAGCAGCAGAAAGUCAACGCCAUGCUGCCACCAUAUCUGCGGAAGAUGUGCCUGAAAACUAAGGACUUGCAGGAUGAGGUCCAUACGAGCUUCGCCGAACUGCUGUCAGAGCUGAACAGGGAAAACGCUCCGUUUGCCCUCAGUGUCGCCAACAGGCUGUACGGGGAGCAGUCCUACCAGUUUGUAGAGGAUUUCUUAGGGAAAACCAAGAAGCACUACAGUGCAGAGCUGGAGUCUACGGACUUUGUGAACAGCUCAGAAGUGGCGAGAGGCAACAUCAACAACUGGGUGGAGCAGAUGACACAAGGUAAAAUUAAGGAUCUGUUGGCCAAUGGAGUGGUGGACAGCAUGACCAGGAUGGUGCUGGUCAACGCCAUCUACUUCAAAGGCAACUGGGACAAACAGUUUGAGGAGAGCAAAACUGUGGAUUCUCAGUUUAGACUCAACAAGAAUGGCACCAAACCAGUGAAGAUGAUGAACAUAAAAUCAAAGUUCCCUUUCACCUACAUCUCUGAAGCCAGCUGCCAGAUCCUUGAGAUGCCUUACAAAGGAAAGGAGCUCAGCAUGCUCAUCUUUUUGCCCAAAGAUAUAGAGGACAGUACAACAGGUCUGGAGAAGCUGGAGAAACAGCUGACCUAUGAGAACUUUACCAAGUGGACUCUUCCAGAGAUGAUGGAUAAUGUUGAGGUCAUGGUGGGGCUGCCUCGUUUUAAGAUGGAGGAGUUGUAUGAUCUGAAAAGUGUCCUGAUCAGCAUGGGCAUGGCAGAUGCCUUCGACAUGGCAAUGAGUGACUUCUCAGGCAUGUCCCCUAGAAACGACCUGGUUCUGUCAAAAGUUGUCCACAAGGCUUUUGUGGAGGUCAACGAGGAGGGAACUGAGGCUGCUGCUGCCACUGCUGCGAUCAUGAUGCUGCGAUGUGCCGCGAUGCGGCCAGAGCGCUUCGUUGCAGACCACCCCUUCCUCUUCUUCAUCCGACAUAACCCUUCCAUGAGCGUCCUCUUUGCUGGCAGAUACUGCUCCCCUGAGUGAGCUCUACAUAGUUAAGAGCAGUGGUUCUCAACUAAAGGGGGUUUACAAUGCAUUGCAACAGUAUCACAUUUAUUUUAUAUUACUAGAAGGUUAUUGAGAAUCACUUCAAGGGUUUCCUAUAGCUAUUCACAAUCAAGUUUCCCUCCUAUGUUUUCAUAAUGUAGAACGAUGAGCUGCUUUUUUUUUAAACUGUUGCUUCUGGUCGCCAUCAUUCCUUAUGAGUGAAUUAAAUAUUCUGUGUUAAUCCUGAUUAUUAGGUUUGUACACAGUUUGUGUUUUGCACCUAAUAUCUUCAGCCUUAAGACCUUGAUUACCUUAUGUUUGUAAUGGAAGUAUGGCCCUUUUUGCUGCAGCCUUACACCUUACCCUAUUAAUCUAUACCAAUCGCGUCUAUAUCAUCUAAAACACCCCUUGCAAGAAUUGCCUUUAUCACAAUUUCCAUGUUGUUCGUUUUUUAACUGCCAGGCCCGAACUAUACUUAACACGUAAUUCUGCAAGAUUCUUGGCACUUUAUCUACAGAAAAUACACUUUCAGCAUUGUAUAUGUUCAGUUAACCAAAGAAAGAAAGGGAUUACAGCAUAUUUUCAGAUAGAUACGUAUGCAAAUUCUAAAUAUAUUCUAUAAAAAGCAAAAGCUUACAUGAGGGUUUAAACUGGUGUCAAAUCCAUGUCCUUUUUAUGUAUACUUGGGUUUUACAAAUGAAAUAAAAAAAAUAAAAGUGUGCCGUUUCCAAAU